UCUCACGAUAAAUAUUCAUGAUUUUACUUUGAAGGCUAAGGGUGACUGAGAAAUUAUCGAAGCAUCUCUUGCACUUAAUAGUAACUAUUGAUUACAGUUGAGAUGUAGGAAAGUGUUGAAGUCGAUGGCGAUGACCAGUUGGCAAUCAUUUAGGUUUCAAGGUUUUGAUCGACGAUGUUGAACGUUACUCAUCAUCUUAGGAAGAAGCUCUUUUUAGGAGAUCUAGAUGAAACCCAAGCUGACAAGUCAAGCUCGAAAACUAACGGAAUGCAGACUCAAGGGUUAGCCGAUGAGAACUCGCCGAAAAACAAACGAAAAUCGUUGCCAACUGUUCCUUCACCAGAGGAGGAGAAGUCAAUGAAUCUGUCAGUUGCAAGACAAAGAUCGCCGGCCGCUAAUCCUACACAGGUCAAAGCCUAUGGACCUUAUUUUCUCGAAUACACGUUAAUGGCGGAAUAUAACCAGCUUAGAAGUCAAAGACUCCCCGGUGUCUAUGUUUUACCAGCUGCCAAGUCUCCUCUAAUCUGGUAUGGAGUGAUUUUUAUCAGGAUGGGCUCUUAUCAAGAUGGCAUUUUCAAGUUUAUCAUGAAAAUUCCAGAAAAUUUUCCAGAUGGAGAUUGCCCUAGUGUUAUUUUUAAACCCCCUGUAUUUCAUCCCGUCGUAAAUAUGGAGACUGGAGAACUUGAUGUGAAAAGAGCUUUUCCAAAGUGGAGGAGAAACAUAAAUCGCUUGUGUCAAGUGUUGCUGUAUGCUAGGAGAAUAUUUUAUAAAAUUGAUAUGAAGAGUCCGCUCAACCCUGAAGCUGCCAACUUGUAUGAAAAUGAUAGAGAUACUUUUAAACAAAAAGUGAACAUGUCACUGAGAACCUGUCUGAAUGAGUUACAUCUACCUUUGGCAGAUGAUCCUCAUGCAAUUAGAUUUAUUGAGCUUAGUCCAGAUCAGCAUGAUGAAAUAAAAAAUCAAAUUAUUGACAUUCAGAGCAAACCCGAGAGCCUUCCAACAGCUAAUGCACACAAGUCUGGUUUAUCAUGGAUGAAGAAAGGUUCCAGUCAAAUUUUCAGCAAGCAAGAAAGCUAGCAUGGCAGUAGCAAAAAAAUGACGCACAUGUACAUACAUCUACUGACAAAACCAGAGCGCUGCUUUGUUACAAAUUUCAUCUCUGGGCACUGCUCAUGUCAAUGGACCAGGGCUUGGGCACAAAGCAAUAAUAUUGUGAAAAUGGCCAUCCUUCUGUUCUCAUCAGAGAUGACUAGAAUCAAGACCUCGCGAGAUAUAAGUGAUCAUAUUUUAUGGAUUAACAAUACUGCUGAUUAAGAACUAGUUAUCAAUGCACUUCUUUUAAUGGCCAAUUCCCUCUAAGAGACAUGUCUACAGGGAAUCAUGGUAGUUGUAUUUAUCAUCUUGGACUGGAUGUUUGUUUUCAUGAAUACAACUACCAUGAUUCCUUGCAGUUGCAUCUUACAGAGGGAAUUCACCAUUGUGGGCCAGGAGUCUCUCAAGCCAAUGUGAUCUUCAAAUCUUUGCACACGUGUUCACAAACAAAAUUGUAUAUUGCUCUAAAUUAAUCAACGUUGUACAAAAUUACUUAAUUAUUACAUUUUCUAGACUGAAACUGUGGUGUUGUUAAAAUGAACAUUAUGGGCGAGACAUGAAGUGAGUCUAAGUAUUUGUUAGUAAAAGUUAUUCUUAUUUUUGAGACUUUUUAACAAAAAUAAUGGUACAUGUAGAACUUACAAAUCAUAAUUCCCAGGAGUCCUAUGACUAGUAUAUCAUUCAUCAUUGGUACACUGUACAGGUAGUUAAAUAUUAAUCUAUGUGACAAUGUUGAACCUAUCAAUAAAUACACUGCGACUGGCUUGUAGUAAGCCAUAAUUUCAAA